AUGGCGCCACAAACCCAGGCUCUAGGCUGGAUCUGGCCCAAAGAUCCUCGACCAGGAAACCCAUCUAGCUGGCCACGACGCUGGCGCUUCCAUGAUGUCCUCACGAACAAGGGACCCGAUAUCUACGUCGGUGUUAUUGGCGAAAAGACAAAGUCCUCGUCUUCCAGAUCUGGAUCGUCGUCUCUAGCGGGAGGAUUGACACCCUCAACGACGCCAUCUACCCGAAGCAAACAAUCACCACAAAGAACGAACUGGGAUCGGUGGGAAGAUAUCAUUUCACCCAAAUCCCUUAGUUCGGCUUCCGCCUCUUCUACCUCUUCUUCCUGGGCUACCACUUCCAUUUCAACUUUGACUUCGACUUCGACUUCGACUUCGACUUCGACUUCGACUUCGGGCCGGGAUAGUUCCAAACCCAAAUCCAAGCCUAAUAUUGAAGUACCCUGGGCCCGUCGAGAUGUUGACGAGCGCUACGAUUACCGUCAACGGAAGUAUACUGUUCCGGACCUGGGGACGUGGAGUCGUGUGGAGUAUUGCACGGCACGAGGGAAGGGGGGAUUGGUGCGUCAUAAGAAAGGGACGGAGAAGCAUUAUGUGCCGAGGCGGUAUUGGGAUCAGAAUGGGAAUGAGUAUCCGGCCAAUUAUUGGCAUGAUAUCAUUUAUGGGGAGCAUGAUGAUCACGAAUUUGUGGAUGAGGAGUGA